UUCAAGCGAUUCUCCUGCCUCAGCCUCCUGAUUAGCUGGGAUUACAGGCAUGGGCCACCGUGCCUGGCUGAUUUUGUACUUUUAGUAGAGACGGUGUUUUUCCAUGUUGGUCAGGCUGGUCUCCCACUCCCAACCUCAGGUGGUCCGCCUGCCUUAGCCUCCCAAAGUGCUGGGAUGACAGGCGUGAGCCACCGCGCCCAGCCUCUCUCUCUCUCUCUCUCUCUCUCUCGCUCGCUUGCUUGCUUUCUUGCUUGCUUGCUUUCGUGCUUUCUUGUUUUCUCGCUUUCUUUCUUUCU